CACCGAGAGGGGGCGGGAUUCCAGGCGUUGGCCGGCCGACGGCGGAGGCGGCGACUUGGCCCGGGGCGCUGCUUCUGGUGGGAACUGCUGCCUGGAAGCAUGUGUCCCUGGAUGCUAUUCUGGGGCCAUUAGCACUUCCAGAGGCUUGGCCCCUGCUGCAUCAGGUUUGGGACACUGGUAGGCGGAACGUUCCUGGCUGUGAACAUGACGAAGAUCCUGGUGGCCAAACUGCUGUGCCUGGUGGGGGUGUUUGUCCUCAUGCUACUCGGCUCCAUCCUGCCCGUGAAGAUCAUUGAGGCCGAUUAUGAGAAAGCCCACCGCUCCAAGAAGAUCCUCUCUCUCUGCAACUCUUUUGGAGGCGGCGUUUUCCUGGCCACAUGCUUCAAUGCCCUGCUUCCUGCUGUGAGAGAAAAGCUCCAAGAAGUUCUGAAACUUGGAAACAUCACCACAGACUAUCCCUUAGCAGAGACCAUUAUGCUCCUGGGGUUCUUCAUGACUGUAUUUGUGGAGCAGGUCAUUUUGACCUUCCGAAAGGAGAAGCCCUCAUUCAUUGACCUAGAGACCUUCAAUGCCGGCUCUGAUGUGGGAAGUGACUCAGAGUAUGAGAGCCCCUUUAUUGGAAAUGCCCGUGGACACAACUUUUACCCAGAGCAUGGUCAUCACUCCCAUGGCCAUGGCUUAAAUGUUCAAGAGCUCUCUCGUUCCAGCCCACUCCGCCUCUUCAGCCUUGUGUUUGCUCUGUCUGCCCAUUCUAUCUUUGAGGGUUUGGCCUUGGGCCUGCAGGAGGAGGGGGACAAAGUCAUGAGCUUGUUUGUUGGUGUGGCCAUUCAUGAGACAUUAGUGGCUGUGGCUCUGGGGAUCAACAUGGCGAAGAGCUCAUUGCCAAUGAAAGAUGCAGCCAAGCUGGCUGUCACGGUGAGCUUGAUGAUCCCUCUGGGCAUCGGGAUUGGUGUGGGCAUUGAAAGGACCAAGGGUGUGGCCAGCAGUGUGGCCUCAGUGCUCCUACAGGGCUUUGCAGGAGGAACUUUCCUUUUUGUGACUUUCUUUGAGAUAUUGGUGAAAGAAUUAGAAGACAAGAAUGACCGUCUCUUGAAAGUUCUCUUUUUGGUGUUGGGCUAUGCAGUCCUUGCAGGACUGGUGUUCUUCAAGUGGUAGGUGCAAUGAGAAAAGUUUCACCAAAGCACUCCCCCCUUUCCAUGGAGGCUCCAGGAAAGUAGAGCCCAAGUCUGAAGGAUGCUCCAUGCUCUUCCCCACCUCCCCAUCCACCAGCCAGCAAAGAGGAAGAACUGCUACUCGUGAGCAACUUGUACAGAGGAGGGAGUGUUUCCCCAAACCCAUUGCUCAAUGUCCCGGCACAUUGGGCCUUCAGGUGGUGCUGAGCAUGUGGGCUGCCUGUGUGUGCUUAUGAGUUAGAGCUCGACAUUCGGAGGGGAUCUGCAUCCUGCAGAGUUCUCCUGUAGGUUGUAAUAUGACCCUCCAACUUUUAUAUAUAUAUAUAUAUAUAUAUGUAUGUAUAUGUCAGAUGUGUGUGGUGAAAAGCAGCGUGACCUCAUGAUUGAAGAACACAAAGGAGACACAAGUGGAGAUGAAGGCUGGGGAACAGAUUGGGAAAACCACCAUUCAGUGGUUAAUAACAUAUAGACACUCCAUUUUUCUCUGUCUGUCUCUCCCUCUCCUUCCCUCCUUCCCUCUCUCUCUCUCCCUCCAUUCCUCUUUCUCUCUCUUUCUCUUUCCCUCUCUCUCUCUCCUCCCCUCUCUUCUCUUUCUCCCUCCCCUCUGGGUUACAAUCAGUAUCAUUAACACAUGGACAUUCCAGGUCUUUGGCCUGACUUGGCCCCGACCUCUCAGAAGUCUCCUCUGCCUCUGUUUCAGUGUGUUCUGGCCAUCCUGGCCUCGGUGAUCCAGGAAGAACACUGUUGGUAGGAUUUUGGUAGAAAACCCCCAAAGCAGGGGUCACCAGAAGUUCAGUAGGAUAGCUGCUUGGGUACUUUGUUCACAAGCAGCCCAGGCUUAAGGUCAGUUACCGGCAUUUGGAUGGAGUGUGCUCUGCUUGCUAAGGUUAUGUGCUUACUACUGAUAGGAAGAAGGGAAGGGAGGGGGGUGGGGUUCUACACAUUUUCCUUCCUGCCCUAGAUUUACUAGCUUUUGAGAAAGCAUUGUGUUUUCUGUUUUAUGCUCUUGCUAAUUUCACAGCAAUGUUCCUUCCUGCUGGUGACUCGGGGCCACCGGCUUAUUCCAAUCAGGAGGCGUUGAUGAAAUCUGUGGGGGGGCCCAGCCACAGCCACAUACCAGGGUUGUCACCUGGUUUUGCCAGGAGGGCAUGAGUGGCACAGCUUGCCCAGGAAACAGAACUUUGGAGGCACCUGAGAAGAUGAAAGGGAAUGGAGGUUGUGCACUUCAAAUACUGUCAGGAAAUGGCUUAGGUAUCCUUAUCAUCUGAGAAUCAGUAAAUGUCUGUGUAUAGAUAGCUUUUGGUUUUAAUUGCACCAAAGACCUGAGUUAAUUCAUUGUUGUUGGAGUAGAUUGGUUUGGAAGCUACAAUUGACACAGCUUCCAGAAAGCUGAUUAGAAAAGUGGUACAGCCUGGCAGUUCUAACCCUUGCAACCUCUUUAGUUUCCUUUAUGUUUUGUCUCCCUAGUUCUUGGGAUCAGGGAUUGGCCUAUUUAUUCACUCAACAUACUCUCCACCAAAACCCCAAACCCACAAAUUGAACUACACCCAGCCUCCUUGGAGGCUAGAAGGGUCUGGGAGGUAGGUUGGAAUAGAAUCGGGGCUCCAGUCUUUACAGCUGCUCUUGCUUGGUUUGCUACAAUGAAACAAAGGAGCCAUUGAGAAGAAUCCAGGUCUCUGUCCUGCGUGGCUCCUGAUGGUCUAAUUUUCAGGGACUAAACUUUGCCUUUCAUAUAUGGUUCAAUGGAAGGGGCCCUGGACCAGGAGUCAAAGCUAGACACUGCCAACAGCUUGCUAUGGGACUCUUUGGCAGGUUACUGCCACAAUCUGAGCACGUAAAAAGAGGUAGAUGGAUUAAGUGAGCUGCUCAUUCCAAUCUUCAGUUCUGUUCUAACUUCCCUUCCAGGUCUAAUAGUCUGUAUUCUUCACUCCAAGCUCCCUUUAGUCUCUGACAUUCAAAAUCUUUAAUCCCAUUAAGCUCUCACAGUCUGUUCUACGCUUUAAGCUAACUUAAAACAUAGUCCCUUAAAUCAGUUCUAACCCCUGAUUAUUGGUGCCACCCUCACCAGCUGUCAGCACUAAUAACAACUACUCAGCCAGUAGUUGUGGCCGAGGAAAGGGGGCAGGCUGCAACAAUGCUGCCCCCUCUGACCCAGGAAGAGGGAAGAUGGCCUUCUCUCUGGAGAUUUCCACUCCAGAAGAUCCCAACGCUUUCCUUUGGCUGUUUUGGCUUUACAUACGUUGUCUGUCCCCCUGGAGCAAGUGGCUUCCACUCUGCUUCCUUUCCUUCUGUCCCCUUCCUUAACCAUUGCACAGGAGCCUGUGGGUUUAGGGAGUUGUCUUUUGAAGCUCUUUUGAUCAUCGUAAAUAAAAAGACUCAGCAGUGGCUCCUCUUCAGAUUUAGUGGGCGCCUGUAAAUAGGUAUUUAUGGGAACUGCCCUCCAGACUGCUAAGCUUUCUAACUUUGCUCCUAAACCCCGGGGUUGAUGGUAGCUGUGACUGGGCUUUAGUGGGUUUGUGUGUUCACAUGAUGUUUUGCUCUGCUUUUGUUGGACAGUACUCUUCUCAGACAGCUCUGCCCACCCCAUGCUUGGAGCAUCCUUGUUUCUGAUGUCAGGAGGAGGGUACACCCUCCCUUCUUGGUUCUUAAAUGAGUCCAGCACAAUGUGGCCUUGGAGUACUUAUUAUGCCAUCAGCCAAUGACCAGUGACCACUGCUCUUUGACACCCUUGAGCAGUCCCCAGGUUGCAAAGUGAAUUCUUCUGCUUGGAGCUUUGGGUGGGAGGUUCAGAGGCUGACCUGGGGGCAGCGGAAUGGAGAGAGCUGCUGAGGGUGGCUUGGGUUUUUUGUUGAAGAGGGUGAAAGGGAAGAGGGGUGAGGCCCCUCUCCUAGCUGGCAAAGGAUCAGGAGCUGCCUUAAGGAGUAUAGUCAUGGAAAUUGAGCUUCUCGUGGAAAGCUAUUUGUGCCACUGUCUGCAUGACAGUAUCAGAAGGUGGCCAGCAUAUCAUGAAAUGGGCAAGGCGGCCAAGCAAAAAUUCUGGGAGUGGCUUUUUCUGGCUUCUUCAGAACUUCUCAGAGAAGCAAGAUUCUCCAGUCCAGAGGGUCUGUUUGCUCCUUAGCUCAUGAGAGGGUACAGGAUUAAUCUGCCCUGGUGACUCUUACCCGCUGGAUCAGAGACUCAGAAGAUGCUUUUACCCUCUGGAGGAGUGAGCCACGUGGGCAGGACUGCUGGCAAGUCACUGGGGUGGAGGGGAGGCACCUUGGGACUGCCAGGAAGCUUGUUUACCCUGUUGGAAGCUCACCUUCCCUGCAGUUGGCCUAUUUACCACACGGACCAUCUGAAUCAGCACAACUUCUCCAGCAGAGCUGGCUCAGCUUCCCCCCUGGUGCUUUUGCUGUUUGAUCAAUUCUGAUUGGAAGCACCCAGGCCCAGCAUCACAUUCAGCCUCCUCCACCCUUAGCCUGGCAGCUGGGGGGAAAGACAGACACUUCAGCCUUCGGGGCCUCAUCUGUAAAACAAAGGCAGUUGGGCCAAAUGAUCUCUAAGGUCCUUUCCAAUCCUAAAAUUGUAUGAUGAUUCUGUAAUUCUCUGCUUUAUUUGCUGUACAUACUAAUGAGGGAAUAUUAAGUUCUUUCCAACACCAAAUUACACAUUUGUAUCUAUAAGUGGUAUCUAGAUGUAUGUGUGUGUGGAUGCACGUGCACAUUUCCCCACCAAAGGAGCCCUCUCAGCAUUAUGUAAUGAUGUGUUUAGAAUACCCAGCUGUGAAUAAACUGGCUGCUAUUCAUACCUGCAGAUCUCCCCUCCCCUCUGCCAAAGCCAGCACUCCUCAGUUUCCCAUUGUCUCUCUCUCCUGUAUUCUCAUUCCUCUAGGAGCUCAUGUGAAACAAAGAAUCAUGCUCAUGGAACCACUGCUGUGUGCUGUAGGCACCAAAAUGUGGUUCCCUUUUAAAAAUGUGGAAGGAGGGAGUGGAAUGGAAUCUGGCCCCUUCCUUAAUGAAUUCCUAGAAUCUUGAUCUUGCCCCGUGGCCUCCUUCCUUGUGCUAUGGUUAAAAGGAAAAGGAGACUUCCCUGUCUGAUAGCUCCGUCUGUCCUGGCUGUUUGCGGCUGGACUUGCUGGUACCUGUUACGUGGCCUGCUUUGAGAGGCAAUGUAGUGUUAUGGAAAGGAGAUUGUGCCGGGGGCCAAAAGACCUGGCUUUCCACUCUGGGCUCUGCCACUGCGCAGGCCCAAGACCUUGGACGAUCACCUGACCUACAGCAGAAAGUGUCACCUUGAGAUUCAGCUUUGCCACCUACCAGUGUCAGGGCCUUGGGCAAAUCGCUUACUUCUCUAGGCCUCAGUUUUGUCAUCUGUGAAAUGCCUUGAUCAGUCAGAUCCCUUCCAGUUCCAAAUUUGCAGCCGUCUUCUGUAAAGUCAUAACUGAUAGUUAAACAGCAUCUUAAAGUUUCCUAGCGUUAUCCUCACAACAACCUUAUAAGGCAGAUGGGGCAGUUAUCCUGGUUUUAUAAAUGAGGAACUGAAGGGUCAGAGUUUAAGGAAGUUGCCCAUGGUUAACUAGUAAGCAUUACAGCUCAACUUCCAACCGGGUUUUUCUGAGUCCAAACUCAAAUUCAAUUAAAAAAAUAUUAAUUAAGUUCCUUCCUGCCGUGUGCAAGCCAUUGUGCCACACUAAAACAAAGGGGUUGGCCUAGAUGUGCUUUCAGAUCACUCUCAGUUUUAAUUUUAGUUUUUUGGGGGGUUUUGCGGGGCAAUGAGCGUUAAGUGACUUGCCCAGGGUCACACAGCUAGUGUCAAGUUAUCCGAGGCUGGAUUUGAACUCAGGUCCUCCUGUAUCCACAGCUGGUGCUUUAUCCACUGCACAACCUAGCUGCCCCCACUCUCAGUUUUAAAAGUUGAAAAAUGGUUCUAGUAACUAAUGGCCACAGAAAAUUGAAACGUAUUAAUGUUCCCUUGUCCGGGUUCUGGGUUUAGAUUCCUUUCCUCUCUGUCGUCUAGGAAGUCAGUUUGUAACAUAGUAGGGAUGAAAAGCAGAAUGGGACAAGAACCACGUUUAACCAGAACCACAGUGGAGAGCUCUUUAAAACAAUGGGGCAAACCUGUGUUUGAACAAGAACAGGAGUAUUCAUUGAAAGCCAGGGCUAGGCAGGCCUUAAGUACCCAGCUGCAGGUGACUAGGAAGAAGCAGCAGUCAUUGUCCAAGUCCCUCCGCUGUUUGAAAUGAUUCCCUUCAAGCGAAGUAGCCCAUGGAAGCAGAAAGGUUUGAUUUUCCAUAUUUUCCCCCCAGAAAUUUCUAGAAAGAGAAGUGGGCCCUGAGGGAGAACACUGUGUGAGGGCUGCAGACUCCUUUGGAAGAGAAUGGGUACAUGGGUGGGACAGAUUUUGGAUGGUCUUGACUCACCAGGUGUGGGGGUCCCUACCCCUUAGACUGCGUCUUGUUUUAUUUUUUGCAGUUGUUGUUUUUGCUGGGCAAUGAGGUUUAAGUGGCUUGCCCAGGGUCACACAGCUAGUGUCAAGGAUGGAUUUGAACUCAGGUCCUCCUGAA